AUGAAUCAAAAUAAUGAUACUAAUCUCAAAUGCCCUAAUUCAGAACAUGUCAAUAAUGUAAAAUUAGUAUGUGUUAAUGAAUCUUGUAAAGCAGAUAGAUUAUAAUGCAUUUAAUGUAUAUAAAAUGGAAUUCAUGUUUCUCAUCUUUAAAAUUAAUAAGAUUUACCAUUUUUGUUUUACAAUAAUUCAAAUAUUGAAAAACAAUGUGAAGACUUAAUUAUAGAUUUGAAUAAAAUUAAUGGAUAUGGCUUAUUAAUAAUUCUAAUUUUUGAUUGGAGGAAGUAGAUCAAAAUAUCAGAAAUCUAAACAUUAAUUCCUUGAAUUAGAUUCUAAAUAAAAGAAUUCUUUCUUUGCAGAAAGUAUUAGAAUCAAAUCAUUUUAACAAACUAACUAAAUAAAUCAAAUAAUCAAUAAAAGAGUUUCAAGAUUUAAUUGUAAAAUAAUUAUCUAAUUUAAAAUUAUCUGAAUUAAAUCUUUAUCAAAUAUCUAAUUUAGAUUUUAAUAAAUCAGAAGAAUUACAUAAAAAAGGUAAUAAAUAUAUUAAAUUAGGUUAAGAAAUAAAUAUUUAUGGUCCAAAUUCAAUUAUAUAUUAAGAUGAUAAAAAUUUUUAAGAUACAAUUAAAAUAUUUGAUGAAUCACUAAUUUUUAAUCCAAAACAUUCUCUUUCAUUAUGGUGUAAAGGUAUGAUUAUUAUUUAAAAUGUUAGCGAGCAGUUUAAGGAUGCUUAGUUAAUACAAUGAAGCAAUCGUCUGUGCAGAUAAAGCAUUGUAAGUAGAUCCAAAACAUUGUAAUUUAUUAUGUACCAAAAGUACUAAUUAUUUUUGAUAUGAAGGUAAUUCAUAAGAUUAUUGAAAAUGUUUAAGUAAUCUAUGGUAUUGAUUGAGUAAUCUCUAUAAAUUAAUCCAAAUCACUUUGAUUCAUUGAGGGCAAAAGGUGAAAGUAUCUUUUUAAUUAAUAGGUAUAUGUUUACAAGAUUAGAAUUAAUAUUAAGAAGCUUUAAUAUUUUAUGAAAAAGCACUCAAGAUCAAUCCAAAUAAUUAAUGGACUAGAGACAGAAAAGGGAUUAUCUAUACCAAAUAUUUAGAUGAAUGUUUAAAAGCUAUUAAUUAAAAAUGA